AUGCUGCCAAUAUUUCUAUUUUUCUUCCUCCUGGUGGUAUCAGCUGAACUUGACUACGGCUACCAGACCGGACAUAUUUCAAUGAAAGAUUCGGAGAUUACUAUCCUGAUUAACUCCACUUUUGAGAUUAUUGAGGAUUUUGAUAAUGAUACCGAAGUCACUUCCACGACUACAACAGGAACCACCACGCCGCCUGCCAAAAUCCCAAUGAGAAUGAAAAAACUCCGCCCCUCGAACACAGGUGCUCCCUGCCAAAAAUACUCAGAAGCUGAAAAAUAUCAGCUCUUGGAAUCCGCUGGCGGAAGGAAUCAAUUGUUCAUGGCGGAUUCUGUGGAGGAGGCCGCGCAAAACUUCGCGGACUCUUUUACCAUCUCGAAUCCUAUUAGUGCUACUUUAGAGGAUGCGGUUUUUGUGGACGGAGUGCAACAGCCAUCCCCCAACUGUGACGCCCGUUGCCAAAUGAUAAAAUCCGCCUUAACACAAGAGAUCACUCGUCGUUCCAACCAAUCCUCCACACCCUCCACAUCUCCACUCCGUCAAGUUUUCAGCCGAAUCCGUGCUUCAGUUUUCAGUGACGCCCCGCCCACCGGCGGUUGCUCACUGGGGAAUUUCAUUCCGGUGGGAACAUGUACUGACUUGGGAGAGAGUGUCGACGGAGGGACACAUGAAUCGUUGUGUUCAGAAUGUCGUGGAUUGUAUAUGUUGAGUGCAAACUGUUUUCCGAAGAUUUUCAACACGGUUCAGUGUAAUUCACAGGAGAUGGGAUGCAUUUUUGACACGUUCACAGAUAAAGCCCAUGGCCAAUGCGGCGUCCAAACACUAUCAUUCAAAGUUUUGCGGAAUAACGGCGACGAGAAUUGCGAAGAUUGGAUAGUGGAGCAGAUUCAGCUCCCCGUCGCGUGUCAGUGCUCGCUGAGCAAGAGCUCAUUCCUUCGAGCCAAACCGACAAAGGAGUUGUGA